AUGGACGUGAAGCCGAGCGACCGGUUGAAUUUCAACAAGGACUUCGUGGGUAGGCUUCACAAGAUCAAGGUCGGCGUUGCGGCGGCAGGGAACAAUGUUGAGACCGAUCGGGAGAGGGAGCCGACGGAGAAGAGAAACAACAAUUCAAGAGGAUUUUCGAUCGAGGCUGCGGUGGUGAGGAUCAUGAAGCAACGCGAAGAAACCAGCCACCAGCAGCUGGUGACGGAGACACUGAACCAGCUUGCUACGCAGUCCAAGCCCGACAUCAACGUGAUCAAGAGAAUGCGAAACCUGGCGAGGACGGUGGUGCGUAAUUCCUAG